UGUGCUAACAGAUGGACAAUCGAGUAAUAGAGCAUUUACAAAACGUGAGGCGACCUUAUCCACGGAACAAACAUACAAGUAUUUGCCAUUGGGAUUGGUAAAGGCAUUAAUCGUAACGAACUGAAUUCUAUCGCCUCUACCCCUGAUAUGGUUUCAACUGUAGGAAACUUCAACGAAUUAAAGAAAAUCCAAGACAAGCUUCAUACACAAACAUGUACAGCUAAACGCCAAUUUGGUAAUUGGACCCCCUGGAGUCCAUGUACGGCUUCCUGCAACACUGGGUUUAAAAACCGCACCCGAACAUGUCUUCUCAAAAAAUGUUAUGGAAAUACUACCGAGAAAAAAGCCUGCAAUCAACAAGCCUGUCCAACCGAACUUCCAACAACUCCAGCACCAAAAUGCAACUACUCUAUAGCAGAUGUUGUGUUUGCACUCGAUGCAUCAAGUAGCGUCGGGGCUGUUAAUUUCCAGCGAAUGCUAAGAUUUGUCGAUGCCAUCACGAAAAGUUUUGAAGUCGGUAAAGACUCUGUUCAUGUGGGUGUUGUAACAUUUGCAGAUCACGUAAAGCUGCGUUUUCAUAUGAACAAAUAUUACAACAUGUCAAAGAUAUUGGAGGAAAUCAGAAAAAUACCAUACAAAGGAGGUUCAACAAAUACUGGUGAAGCUAUUCAUUAUAUACGUACAACUAGUUUUCUCUCUCAAAACGGUGCCCGUUCCAACGUGCCUAAAAUCGCAAUUGUCAUUACUGAUGGACGUUCGAACGUUCCUGUUACGACAGCUCAAGAAGCUGCUGCUCUCAAGAAAGACGGCGUUAUCGUAUUUUCUAUUGGAAUUGGUAACAAAGUUUAUCCGACAGAACUGGAGCAGAUUGCAUCAGCAACAGCUAAAGAUCACGUAUUUUUGGUCAAUAACUUUGAGGCUUUGAACAACAUAAAGAAGGCCGUGGCAUUCCGAGCUUGUGAAGCACAGAAAAAUACAACAGAGUCACCAGUAAUUAUCGAGAAAUGUCCAGCGCGAGCUGAUAUUGUAUUUGUCCUGGAUUCCUCUGCAAGCAUCGGUAAAAGUAAUUUCCAGAAAGUUCUAAAUUUUGUGACAACCAUCAGUAAUAGAUUUACGAUCGGCCCUGAUCAAGUACAAAUAGGUAUUGAUUCGUUCGACAGUGCUACUAGGACUGAAUUUGCAUUGGAUAGUUAUAAUGACACUUCUUCUCUUCUGGCUGCCAUCAAUAAAAUCCGGUAUCACGGCGGUAGCACUCAUACCGGUGAAGGAUUGGAAAGACUGUUCUCACAAAGUAUGACAUUUAGUAAUGGACUUCGACCAAACGUUACACGCAUUGCUAUAUUGAUUACGGACGGUCAGUCGAAUGGACCGGUCAACGUUCAGAGUGAAGCACAGAAGAUAAAGAACAGCGGCAUUUUAUUAUUUACCGUUGGCAUUGGAGAUAUAAAUACAAACCUACUGGCGCAUAUUUCCAGCUCACCAAAAAGUGAUUUCGAAUUUAGAGUUGAAGACUUUGCUGUUCUACACUCCAUUGCCUCAAGAUUAUCGAAGUCUUCCUGUAACGUUGCUCCUCAUGAGAACGGAACUGCAUCAGAAUGUUACGCUACGGCUGAUAUUGUCUUUGUUAUGGAUUCCUCAGCAAGUGUCGGUUACAAAAACUUCCAUAAGAUGCUUGAUUUUGUCGAGAAACUCGUAGACAAAUUCGAAAUUGGUCCAAAACAUAUACAAAUCGGUGCUAUGAGUUACAACAGCCGUCCCCAUCUAGAAUUUCACCUGAACAAAUUCAAUAGCAAAAGUGCCAUCAAGAAAGCCAUCUCAAAAAUACACUACAAAGUUGGUAAUACCUACACAGAUCAAGCUAUUAACUUUAUGCAUUAUCACAUGUUCACCCACGCCAACGGUGCUCGUACUAAUGUACCAAAAAUUGGUGUUAUAAUAACCGACGGUGAAUCGACAUUGCCUGAGGACACCAAAUUAGAAGCUGAAGCUGCAAGACAUAGCAAUAUCACAUUGAUUUCCAUUGGGAUCGGCUCUUCAAUUAGUCGCAAAGAAUUAAACGAAAUUGCAACAGAUCCGGAUAGUUCUCAUGUAUUCAACGCGAGAGAUUUUAACAAUUUGAUUCAUAUAGUGGACACUGUCGCUAACAAAACAUGUGUUGCAAUACCAAAAGAUGUGAAGCCGAAAGAUUGUAAUGAUAUCAUUCCGAACUGUAGAUACUUCGGAGUAGAAGCAUGCAACGCCUAUCCUGAUUGGUCAUCAGAUUAUUGCUCCAAAUACUGCGAUAUGUGUGAAUACAUCGGUUGCAAAGAUAAAUUUAAAACUUGCAAGGAAAAAUCCCAAAAAGGCGUGUGCACAGAGUCCCCAGUUUGGGCCAGAGAUAACUGCAUUCAAUCAUGUAAUAUGUGCAAACACCGAGGAAACAAGACAAUCGCGAAGGAAGUUGGACAUUGCGUAUACAAGGGAAAGCUUUAUGCUCAAAGUGAAACUUGGAUGGAUGGCUGCGAUUUAGAAUGUUCAUGCUUGGAUAGUCACACUGGUGUUUUUUCAUGUUGGAAUAAAUGUCCUAUUUACCACAACCUUCCACCAAUGUGCACUUUGGUCGACGUUGAAGGAGAGUGUUGCAAGAAGCCCAUUUGCAACUUCAACGGUCAACAUACGAAAACUACUGGUCAUAACAAGGGUAAAAGCCUUGGUGUUGAUGUUUGUAUGUAUGAUGGCCAUCCAUAUUACCAGGGACAAACCUGGCAGUCUGGCUGUGAAUACAAUUGUAAAUGCGUAGAUUCCUCGUCUGGAUAUUGGACGUGUGACUCAAGAUGUCCAACUUAUAUUGGAUUGCCAGCAGAAUGUUCCCUCAUGAAAAGAGCAGGAAAAUGUUGUGGAGAAGUAAACUGCGCCUUCAAUACCCACUUUGGAAGGUUUAAGGGAGAGGGCAAGAGAGUUGCCAUAGAGUAUCCACCUACAACAGGACCUUGCAUUGAUAAACUUGACUGUAGUACUCUCGGUUCUGGAAUCUGCACACAACCCGAGUUAAAAGCCUGGGCUGCAUUAAAUUGUCCUAAAACUUGCGGCACUUGUUCGACUGCUAUGACACCAUUGAAAGGUUCCUGUUUAGUGAACGGUAAGAAAAUUCCAGAAGGUCAUACUUGGCAGGAUGGAUGCUCCACUUGUGUUUGUGAAAAUGUCGCGCUAGGAAUUGCAAGAUGCUAUGAACAAUGUUCCAAAGUCACUGUCCUACCACCAAACUGCCGCAGAAUAAAGGACUCAAAUGGAUGCUGUGAAAAAAUAGCUUGCACUCAAGGAGUUCUAUCAGGAUCAAACAGAGGCAAUUCUACGGGUGGUCAUAAACUAAUCCACAAUUCAACACAUGGAUUGAUAACCAAAGACAUUUCGGGAUGCCUCUACAAAGGAAAAUAUUAUGCAGAAAAAAGCGUUUGGAACGAUGGAUGCCAACUACAAUGUACCUGCCAAAAUGGUACAUCUGGGAUGUAUGAAUGUCAUCAAAGGUGCCCCAUUUUUGAAGACCUUCCCAAUGAUUGCCGACUUGUUGAUUUCCCAGGCGAACCAUGCUGUGUUAUUCCAGAGUGCAAUUCCACUCAUACCAUUAUACCAAAAUAUGGUAAACCCAAGAAAGGAAAAGGAAAAGUUACAAGUGAUCCUAAAGGUGGUUGUGUUUAUACUAACGGCAAGAAAUACAAAAAAGGCGAAACCUGGUUAGAUGGUUGUGAUUAUUCUUGUGUUUGCACUAAUGAAGAGAGUGGUGCCUAUAUUUGCGAAAGGAGAUGUCCAUAUAUGGGAAGACCUCCGAAAGGGUGCCGAAUUGUUCGUGACGUAGACGAUGAUUGCUGCAACACGCUUCAAUGCUUACCUUCAACUGCUAUCCCCGACCUUUCAACACCAAUGCAUGUCCCAGGGAAGUGCUUCUACAAAGGAACUGCAUAUGCUGAAGGAGCCCAGUGGAAUGAUGGCUGCAGCAAAUCAUGUGUUUGUGAAAAUGGAAAGUACGGCUAUUACCGAUGCCAAGAUAGAUGCGCAAGCUAUUCACACGUGCCAUCAAAGUGUACUAUGAAACCAGAUCCACUAGAUUCUAAGUGCUGCAAAUUUCCACAAUGCGGAGAUAAUACAACCGUACCAAGUGGAUUCCGAGGUUCAAAGAAUGGAUUUGGAAGAAGUAAUGUGCCCACAACUAUUUAUAAAGGUGUCUGCAUGUACAAUUCAAAGGUCUACAAACAAGGAGAGACAUGGGAAGACGGCUGUGAUUACACAUGUGAAUGUAUUGAUGCCAGCAAAAACCAAUUUCGAUGUCGUCCAAGGUGCGUGCGCUAUUAUGACAUCCCAUCAAACUGCAGAGAAGUGAACAGCACACAGGAUCAUUGCUGCAGCUCUCUUGAAUGUAAACCACUUCAACCUCUAUGUAAUGACAAAAUUGCAACUUGCGUUAAGUACGGGAAAAUCAUUUGCUCGGACCCUUCGUUUCAAGACUGGGUAUUGGAAAAUUGUGCCAACUACUGUAGCGUCUGCGGAGUUACAAGACCGACCAUACGAACUGAUGGUACAACAGUAGCUUAUUCAGUGGGUGAUUGUCGAGAUAAGACGGAUUGCUCUAAGUUCUCGUUUAACCCUUGUGACACGAAUCUACGUAGCUGGGCAGUGGACAAUUGUCCGCAACAUUGUAACCUUUGUGUACCUUUUACGGGAAGCACACCUGACCCAUAUCCAAACUGUCACGAUAAAGAUGCAAAUUGCCCCGGUUAUAAGAUAGACGUAUGUCAUGGAUCGCUUUACAAAUGGGGGCUAUCACACUGCCAACGGUUCUGUCAUUAUUGCGACCGUAAGGUUCCUGCCGUGAUGUAUGAAGCAAGUGCUGCACAUGGUUCUGAAUAAACCAAUGUAUCAUUAUACUAUUAUCCGGCACUGUGAACAUUUUUUCUCUAUAUUCACACUUAUUAUAGCAUUUUCUUUUAUAUGUAUGUAUGUUCAAGAAGUGAAAAUAAAACAUUUAAUAUUCUAACAAUCAA